GCGCAGAGCGCAGCAGCUCUCAAAGCAGAGUUCCAGCCAAGCGUCAGCAGCAGAGCAGAGAGGGGAGAGAAAAAAGUUUUCCAAAUGGAUUUCUUUGGUGGAAUCAGACAUUUCUUAUUCUUACACGUACUCAUUAACGGGAUAUUUACCACCUUAGAGGCCAAAGAAGAGGUGCUGUUGGAUAUGAAGGCGACAGGAGUAGACCUUGGCUGGCUGCCUUGGUCCCCAAACCAGGGAUCCCGGUGGGAGGUCACCCAGAAAAGCCUGAAUGGCUCUCAGUUCUAUACCUACUCCAUAUGCAACGUUGGGGAGCGCGAUCAGGACAACUGGCUGCGCACCACCUUCAUCCAGAGGCGUCCGUCGGUCUCUCGGGUUUUCGUGGAACUUCAGUUUAUCGUGCGCGACUGCCACUCGUUCGACGCGGACUCGUUAACCUGCAAGGAGACCUUCACCCUCUUCGUCUCCGAGGCGGACGCGGACGUGGGCACGACUUUCCACAAGGGACAGUUCAAGAAGGUGGCCACGAUCGCUCCGGACGAGGUGGCGAACAAAAUGGAAAUGCACAUCAACACGGAGACGAAGGUGGUGGAGAACCUGUCUCAGAUGGGUUUCUACUUGGCCUUCCAAGACAUCGGCGCCUGCGUUGCUCUCCUCUCCGUCAGGGUGUACUACAAGACGUGUCCGGCCACGACAAAGAGCCUCGCUCUGUUCUCCGAGACGGUGGCUGGAGGCGAGAGCCAGCCGCUCAAAGAGGUGAUUGGGAGGUGUGUGGACAACGCUUACAGUGAGGACGUACCUCGCAUCCACUGCGCCAUGGACGGGGAGUGGAUGGUUCCGGUCGGGGAGUGCCGGUGUAAUCCCGGCUUUGAAGAGGUCGAAGGCUCCUGUAAAGAAUGUCAGCCAGGCUUCUUCAGAGCCGAGGGAUCCAAUGACAAGUGUGAGCCGUGUCCUGCCAACAGCCAGGGCCAGAAGUCCGGGGCUAGCUUUUGUCCGUGCGUGGAUGGCUUCUACCGGGCUACUACAGACCCCAUCACUGGACCCUGCUCAGGCCUCCCAUCUGCCCCUCGGGAUCUAGUGGCCAGACACAGCCAGCUCUCUCCGAGUGAACUCGUUCUUUUCUGGCAGCCCCCCGAAAACACCGGAGGCCGAAACGACAUCACCUACAGCGUUGAGUGCCAGCGUUGCGAGGGCUCCCUCUGCCAACCCUGUGGAGAAAGAAUUCGCUAUAACCCCGCCAACACGGGCCUGACCGACACCAAGGUGUCGGUGAGCGAGCUGGAUCCCUACUUCAACUACACCUUCACCGUGGAGGUGCACAGCGGGGUGUCCGUGUUCGCUAGUGAGGCCACGGCCCGCUCCGUCAGACCGCCGGCCUCGGCCACGCUGGUUACGUCUCUUCACUACACCGAUCCACCCAAAAUCACCUCCAUGCGUCUGGUUGAUCGGGAUUCCACCAGCUUGUCUCUGUCCUGGGACAUUUCCCCCCGUCCACGGGUUCAGUCCCAAACUAUCCGCUAUGAACUCGCCUACCGCAAAAAGGACAAUAAACUCGACGUAACUACGGUUGUCGUGCUGAAACUGGAGAAAAGCUCCGUGCAGAUCAGCGAUCUGUCCCCAGGCACGGCUUACUUGGUCAAGGUCCAGGCUUUGGGCACUGACGGCAGUCGUGGCGUCUCCAGCUUGGAGGAACAAUUUGAGACGCUGUCUGAAGGACACCUUAACAAGACUGCCGUCAUCCUUGCUGCGGCUGUGGCCGGAGCAAUCCUGGUGUUCAUACUGGUCGUCAUCUUCUUGCUGCACAGACGAAAAAGAAAUGCGCAUACCAGGCAAGGACCAGAGGACACCUACUUUUCAAGCCCUGAGCAAUUAAAACCACUCAAGACCUAUGUGGAUCCACAUACAUACGAGGACCCCAACGUCGCUGUCCUGAAGUUCGCAACAGAAAUCCACCCGAGCCACAUAACCAAACAGAAAGUCAUCGGAGCCGGUGAGUUUGGGGAAGUUUACAGAGGCAUCCUGAAGGGGCCCGGGAAGAAGGAGGUGGCGGUCGCCAUAAAGACGCUGAAGCCCGGCUACAUGGAGAAGCAGAGGCAGGAUUUUCUGAGCGAGGCCUCCAUCAUGGGACAGUUCUCCCACCAGAACAUCAUCCGUCUGGAGGGAGUCGUCACCAAAUGUGAGGGCGCCAAAGCUUCUGUUCCCACCUUUUUCCUGCUUAUCUGUUGCGGGUUGAUUUGGGCUCACGGUUUGUUCUGUUUUUGUGCAGUUAAACCUGCAAUGAUUGUGACCGAAUUCAUGGAGAACGGAGCUCUGGAUAGAUACCUGAGAGACCACGAUGGCGAGUACUCGUCUCACCAGCUGGUGGGAAUGCUGCGGGGCAUCGCCGCGGGCAUGAAGUACCUUUCUGAAAUGAGUUACGUUCACCGUGACCUGGCCGCCCGCAACAUCCUGGUCAACACGGCCCUGGAGUGUAAAGUGUCGGACUUUGGCCUCUCCCGAGUGCUCGAGGAUGAACCUGAAGGGACUUACACCACCAGUGGAGGUAAGAUCCCCAUCCGCUGGACGGCACCGGAGGCAAUAGCCUACAGGAAGUUCACCUCGGCUAGUGAUGUGUGGAGUUUCGGCAUUGUUAUGUGGGAGGUCAUGGCGUUUGGGGAAAGACCUUACUGGGACAUGAGUAACCAUGAGGUGAUGAAAGCCAUCAACGAGGCUUUCAGGCUGCCAGCACCCAUGGACUGUCCGUCGGCCGUCUACCAGCUGAUGCUGCAAUGCUGGCUUCAGGAUCGCUCCAAGAGGCCGCGUUUCGGAGACAUCGUCAGUCUGCUGGACAAGCUCCUGCGCAGUCCAGACUCCCUAAAGACCAUCGCAGACUUUGAUCCACGUGUAUCCAUCCGCCUGCCCAGCACCAGCGGGUCGGACGGCUCCCCCUUCAGGUCGGUGUCCGAGUGGCUCGAGUCCAUCAAGAUGAGCCAGUACAGUGAGAACUUCACCCGCGCUGGGGUCGUCACCAUGGACCAGGUCCUGCAGAUGAAGAACGAGGAUAUUAAGAACAUCGGGGUGAGAUUGCCUGGCCAUUUGAAGAGAAUAGCUUACAGCAUCUUGGGCCUCAAGGACCAGACCAGCACCCUGAGCGUGUUCGCUGUGUGAUCCUGUGUGAAAGGGACGUAGAAUUGGACACAGGCGGCCCUUUUAACUCCAAGCUGAGCUGGAGCAUAUCUGCAGGGACGGCGUUGGAUCAGCAGAACCAAGAGAAAAUGUGCCAACCUAUGGACCAAGUCAGACAGAUUUACUGUAUGUUCCAAAUUACUUCAUCGUUUCCACUGGGAAUUGAGCACACGCCUCACAAGAGAUGUCAAGUGGACUUUUGAAAUUAAAAAUGGCUAUUUUUGUACAAUACACGUCUUCCUACGCGACACAUUUUAUCUUUCUCAUUCGUUUUUGUCCGUUUUCCAUUCUUGCUUCGGCUUUCUGAAACGGCACCCUGAGGUUUGUUACAAACGAACAGGCAGGGAGCGCUUUACCAAACGACCGGCGGAGUCCAGUCCUGGUUCAGUUCAUGGUCGGCGCCGACGUCGGCGAAGCUCGCUGAUUUGGCACUUUGCCGUGUCUUCGGUCAGGACAGAACACCGCCAGGCUGAAAUGAGCUGGUCCGGCUUUAAACCAAACUAAAACUGGACCUUUAUAGUGACUGGCCUCCUGCUAGUCCUGUGCAGAAGUUAAGCUAUGAUCCCAUGGGUGAUGUUUAUAUACAUAGAAAACAGGAUGGUGAGGUACUUUUUCUACAAAUGACUUUUUUUUAUUUUUUUAUUUCUUGUUUGCCAUUAACUGUUACAAAAAACAAAACGACAAAAAUAACUUAUAAUGUAGCACUUGAAGUGAGACUCAUGUUCAGUUUGGUCAUAUAAUUGUAAACACAAAAAAAGGGCAUUUACAACCAAAAGUAGGCUGAAUAACUAUUUCCUUGGAACUCUUUCACAUUUUGUCAAUUUUUGUUGGGAUGUCAUGUCCUAGACCAACACAGUGAUUUCUACAUUUGAAGUGUGAUGAAAAUAUUUUUGUUUUUAACCAUCAUGUUGGAAGGAGAACAUCUAUAAACAGCAGCCUGCCCCUGCUAAAGAAAAACAUUCCCACAGAACGAUGCUGCCACCGCCGUGUUUCACUGUAGGGAAUGUGUGCUUUGGGCGAUUUGCAGUGUGGGCUCACCAUCUCACAAACUGUUGCAUCUAGGCCAGGAAUAUUAAGUUUGUCGUCAGAGACCCUAGAAUGCCUCCCUUCACAUGUCUGCUGUGACCCUUACGUUGUUUGGAGUAAACCGAGAAGGCAACGGUUUUCUAGCUGCCUGGGAAAAAGGAGUUUUGACUAUUAAAGCAGGAUUUUUACGUGCAUGGCCGAUAACAAUCAUGUCAACAGAUUUUCCCCAUCUGAGAGGUAGAUCUCUGCUGCUAGCCAUGUUGUUUUAUAAACCCUCCUUUACACUUGGCUAUAACCUGAUUCCAGACCUGAUUGGUGUUUCCUGUGGUCUUUGUGAUGCCGUUUGCUGGAUUUUAUUUAGCGAUAUCAGAGUAAAGGGGGUUGAAAAGGUUGAAAACUAUCUUUUUUUCACCCCACUGUGAAAUUAUUCCCUAUUUUGUGUUGGUUAAUCCCUUAAAAUUCCGAUAAUGUUGCAAAUGUGACAAAAUGUGAAAAAGGUGCAAGGGGAUUUAUAGCAAGGCUCUCUGAAAGUCAGGAUUUUUUUGUAUGUGAAAUGAGGUUGAAGUUGGAGUUGUUCAAAAUGUGUUAAAAAUAAAUAUGAUUCAAGUAAAAAAAAGCUAAACUAUCCAAAAGAACAAAAAAGAAAAAAAAAACAUCACUGCUGAGACAUCUUUACAAUAGUUUGGUUGACAGUUUUACUAUCUUGCCUUUUGUCAGCAUGUUUGUUAAAGGUAUAGUGGACGAGGCGUUGGGGAUCAUCUUAUCUGUUGGCGUUAUCUCGACUAACGACGGUGUGCAUGCUCCUUCAUGCUGUUUUUUUUCUCGCUGUGCCUGCGCACUGCUAGCGUUUACGUAUCCAGUGAGCUUCGGUUUCAGCCGUUCAUUGUAGCUCCGCUGCUCUCACCGUAUACUGAGAGUCGCAUGAAGCAAACUCUGAGAAGAAGAGGAAGGCCUCAGAAGGAAAGAAAUAAGACCAGAGUGGAUCUGGAUCUAUGACGUGAUCGCCUUAAAGAGCGGAAGAGCAGGUCGGAUGGUUUUGCGGUUAUUUAAAAAAGGGACUUGGGCGUUUCUUACCUACAUUUCUGGAAAAAUCGUCCACUAUACCUUUUAACAUUCAAUGAUAAUUAGAGUUGGGUUAUUGACACGUUUAAAUGAAAUGCUUCAAGAAUGACCUGCUUGACAUGUUCCAGACAUUUAAAGGGCUUUUUUUAAAGUGCCGCUUAGUAGAAGAUAAACAUGAGUCUGCCUCUUUCUCUUUAAAUAAAGCGGCUCCUCUGUGUAGCAAGUAGUUUGUAGUUGAAACCCCAGUGCUCUUAAUCCACGACUGCAAAUCCUGUGUGUUACUGAUGUACACCUUCUUUUACUUGAAUUUUUACUUUGUUAAAUGUAUGAAUCUGUUGUAGCUCAGAAAUCAAUCUUUUAAAAAGGGAUUUAAUUUUUUGUUAAUAUCUGGGUGUAUUGGUUGGAGUUGCAUUUUGUAAAUGUUGUAUGAUAUCCAGUAAUAAUCACAUUUCCAAACUGCUUUUUUUUUUUUGCUUUUUUUUUUUGUGUGUGUGUUUUUGUUCUGAGCUCACAACUCCCCAAAGGUUCCUUCAUCUCCGAGCAAACUCCUCCUUCCUUUGCAAAUUCUCCUCUUUUUGUCUGCUGUUUUAUACUGUAUUUAAUAGUCUAUUUAUUUUUGAACUGUUAUUUAUUUAUCCUGAUAAACACUGAGCUGGGUUUGUAAUUGGAGGUUGCUCAUUAAGCCUUAAUUAAAGCAGAAACAAAUCAAACAAAGCCAUUUUACUCUGUUUUUAUUUCUGAACUGUUCUUGCCUGAGAUUGCAUUUUUGGCAAAUAAAUAAAGUCUUAAGUUUAAUUUA